CCCUGUACCGUAGAUCGUGCAGCCGGACGCUGACAUGGCGGAGGAGAAGACGACAAAGAAAAAAAAGAAACGGGUGCCAGGGGACGAAGGCCUAACUGAAACGGAAGGCAAGAAAGACAAGAAGAAGACGAAAGCAGCAACUGCUGAAGUUACGAAUGACGUCACGCACGAUGGGGACGUCAGUGUUGGCAAGGAGGAGAUGGUUGCAGAGGUUAAGGUUAAGAAAAAGAAGAAGAGGAAAGCAGAGGCUCAAGACGACGGAGAGCAGGAGCCAGACAGUGGUGUGGCUGACAUCAGUAUCAAUGGCGGAGCAGAGAAAGCUGGAAAGAAAGGCAAGGGUAAACGGAAGAAGGAAUCAAGUGCCUCUGUGACUGCUGAGGGUAGUGAGCAGAGCGGAGAGAAGUGGAAGAAGAAAAAGAAAAAAGGUGAUGGGACCAGAGUUACAGAAGAGAACAGAGAGGCUGAGGGUGCAGAGGCAAACAAUGCAGUACAGGUGAGUUGUGAUGGAGACAAGAUGGUGGAGGAGGGUGUGGAAGAGAAGACUCCCAAAAAAAAGAAAAAGAAGGAAGCAGGGAAUAUUGAUGUUGAAGCUGAUGGGGGGGAGACGAGGGAAGCGGAAGAGAAGGGAAAAGAGAAGAAAAGGAGAAAGAAAGGUGUCAGUGCAGAAGAAAGUGGCGCGCCAGGCAUCAGUACCGGUGAAGGUGAAGCGGGUGAGAACGGAAAGCAAAAACCGAAGAAAGAGAAGAAGAAGACGAAGAAAGGAAAAGAGAUGGCUCCUGAGCCCGAAGCAGAUGCUGAUGUAGGUGGGGAUGAAGCAUCAAAAGAUGAGAAAAAGAAAGAGAAGGUGCAUGAAAAGAAGAUUCCUGUUUCUGAAGCAGAUUCGCCCCCCACCCCUGUUGAUGCUGCCGCUGAUGCUGGUGAGAAUGGAGUGAAGACAAUGAAAAAGAGGAAAAAAAAGGGAGUGGCCUCUGAGUCUGUUUCCAGCACAGGCGAAGGAGACCUGAAAGAGCCUGAAGACAACUGUGUGAAAUCAGAGAAAAAGAAGAAGAGAGAGAAGGCUACCGUUAUGGAGGAAAAUGGCUCUGACACUGUCAAUGUUGGUGAAGGGAAGGAUGAAGAGGAGAGUGGGAAAAAGGAAGGAAAGAAUAAAAUGACAAAAAAGGGGAAGAGGAAGGCGGCUGCAGUGGAGCUGAAAGAGGAGGGCGUGGCUGAUGGCAUGAACAACCAGGACGAGGAGGGGGAACUGAAGAGGAAGAAGAGAAAGAGAAAGGCAGAUUUAGCCAGCAGUGAAGAACAAGCUGACGGACAGGAAACAACAGCACCCGAGGGGGGGAAAGCAGAGGAGAACACAGAAGCAGGAAACGAAGAGAAAAAGAGGAAGAAGAAGAAAAAGGCAAAGCAGGACGAGGGUGUAGGAGAAGGAGACGAGUCCUCAGACAAGAAGGGGUCAAAGAAGACUGGAGUGGAGGAGGGAGAGAGUGAUGGGACCCCUGCUCUGAAUGGUGCAAAAGGAAGAAGGAAAAAGAAAAGCUCUGCUGAUGGAGUGAACGGGCAGCGGGAGAAGGAUUCAGGAGAAGGAGAAGAAGCGACAGAAGAGAAGGCAUCACAAAAGAAGAAGAAGAAAGGAGAUGGAAAGGGGGAAGAUGGUGAGGCGGCGAGGGCACCGAGGAAGAGGAAAAAACAGAGCGAGGAUAUUCCGACAGGGGAAGAGAAGAAAAUCAAACAGGAGAAAACUGAGGUGGAGGAGGAGCAAGUUGAUGUGGUGUUUGUGUCUGAGAAAAUAGGCAAUAAGGAUGAAGUCAGAAUCAACCAGGCACGGCGGCAGGAGCUGCAGAAAGAAAUUGACAACGAAUCCCGCCCCAAGGACUCAAACAGUUCACCGAACCUUGGCCAGUGGGGAACCGCCCACUUUGAGAGCGCCAGCCAACAGCAGAAGUUUCUGCGGCUGAUGGGCGGCUUUAAAAAAGGCAGCCAGGCAGCGGGGGCGAGCGGGGGGCAGGCGAACAUGGCACUGGGAAAGGAAGGGCAGCAACGGUUGCAGCAAGGGCUUCUGGGAGAGUUUGAACGCGCGCAGAGCCGACGAAUGGAUUUCCAGAACAGAGGAGCGGGGCUGGGAUUCUCUGCUCCGUCCAAUAAGAAAUUCUCCAUCGAUGCCAACGCGUGCCACUCGAUCCGUUUUGAUGACUGAGGUGGUUUGUGUCUAGCGGACAAACUUGACUGACUGAAGGACUCUGUGACGCACACACCCUGCCUCCAUCUGUUGACUCUCUGUGUCGCUGUGACCACAUAGGAGUGGAGUGGGCCAGUGCCCAGUCGAUGAACUUCCAGGGGAAGUUGAGCUGGACCUUCGUCUACUCUCUGAGGGGAAGGACCAGGGCUUCCAGGGUUAUCGCUUAAGAGUGCAGGUGAGACAUUAACCUGGGCACUGUCAUGGAUCAUAACUGCUAUGGACACACUUGCUUUGGCUGGAAGUGGAAUAACGAGCCCUAUAAACAGUGGUGUCUUUCACUCUCUCAUUGACUGACCUACUCAGAGGCCGAGCAAGCUGGUCGCGCAGUGACAACGUUCUACCAUCAGGGGCACCAGAGGGUGAAAAUGCCAGCAGCCAAUAAGCACAGUGCCUUUUUAGCUCCUCUAUGAAGGGUUUUAAAUUCAUAAGGA